ACCAGCCACUAACUUCGACAGUUCCUGAGAGUUUUUUCAGGAAGUGAAGAAGCAAAUCGGGCAGCUUCUGUAUUUCAGCGACAGGGAAUAAAGAAAGAACUGAAGUGUGAGCGGACUCCAUACCGAAGCGCUGGAAAUGCUCUCUCUCCGGGUUUGUCUCUGCAUGGUCCUGUUGUCCGUCUCAGUCCGGGGAUACAAGUAUUCACACAAUAAUUGGUCAAUGUCCGGCGCUGAUGUGGUCUCUGCGGUGGAAGGAGCCUCCGCUGUGUUACCGUGUACUUUCACCCACCCACCCACUGACCUCGUCCCUUCCGGCACCGUGAUCUGGUUCAGGGAGAAACCAGGUGGUAAAAAACCGGUAUUUCGCUGCUCAUAUCCCGGUUCCGGCCGCUCCGGGUGCGAUACAACAACACUGAAGACUGGAGGAGGGCGGUUCGGAUUCGUGGGGAACCUCAGGCAGAGAGAUGCCUCGAUAAUGGUGCAGCGUCUGAACCGGAGUGACGGUGGUCGGUAUUGGUGCCGGGUGGAGCUCAAUAUUGAUAACUUUCAAACGCCGGUUCUAACAAAUCUGUCUGUGAGAGCUCCCGGCGAGAGCGUCUCUGUGAUGACUGGAACCAAGGGAGCUUCGGUCACGUUACCCUGUGAGUUCACACGGCCUCCGCAGAGCCUCACCGCACACACGGUGACGUGGAUGAGGAAGGAUCCCUACCGACACAUCGUCACAUUCAGGCGUUAUGAAAAUGGAUCGUGGGCAGCGGAAAACGGAGUGACUCGGUACGAGCUCGUCGGGGACCCAGAGCGAGGAAACAUCUCGAUCAGGAUAAAGCAGCUGAGUGUGGAGGACAGUCACAGCUACCUGUGUCUGGCUGAGUUCAGGAAAAAGAGCCAUGAUUAUUCAUUCUACAGAGGCCAAGUCACACCCCCAUUUAUCUACGUGUUCCAGAGUGAGAUCCAGCUGCAGGUCAGACUAGGUCAGAAACCAUUGACACAUUCUGCAGGGUAUGGGGAAGGUUUUGGGAGUUGGGGGGGGGGAGUGAAAUGAAGCCUGCUACCAUUAUCCUUUCUCUAAUCAAUCCCCACCCCAGGUUUAUCAUCUGUCCCUGAGUGAGAUCUGACUGUAGGUCAGACCCGGAAAAGAACCCAUUGUAUUAUGUGUCCAGACUCUGGGGCUGAGUGUUAUGUCAGCCACUCCCAGCCUCAGCUGGUGAUGAGUUCCGUUUCCCCACCACAUCUCCAUCUCAGACGGUCCUUCACACAGGGUGGCCCCCAGACCUUCAACGGGCCCCCGGUCGGGGCCUUGCCUGAGCCUGGGAGGAAUGAGUGGAUUCUAACGGAGGAUCAGGAAGCUUCCCAGAGAAGAUACACACUCAACGUUUCAGGAAGAGCUUCUUCCUUUCUGCCGUCAGGUUUCUGAAUGGACAGUCAGAAAAGUGAGGACCAACUCACUCUUUUUUCUUUUUUCUCUAUUUUUGUGCUACUUAUUUAAUUUUAAAUUAUACAUGUAGAUAUAUAUUUCUUAUUGUAAUUUACAGUUUUUUAUAAAUAUGCAUUGCAAUGU